AUGAGCUCCCGUGGCUUAGCUCUGGCACCUCCAGCCAAGAACGUGGUGGUGUAUCGCAAUGGUGACCCCUUCUUCCCCGGGAGGAGGUUUGUAGUGAACCAGCGGCAGUUCCUGACCUUUGAGGCGUUUCUGAAUGAGGUGACCAAAAACGUUCACGCACCCUUGGCUGUGAGGAACCUCUACACACCCAGGCACGGCCACCGCGUCGCUGAGCUGGGGGAUCUGCAGGAUGGGUGCCAGUAUGUGGCUGCGGGCUUUGAAAAGUUCAAAAAGCUGAACUAUUUAUGUCCUGGAAGGAAGGAGCUCCGUGGGACAAGGACCGCUGCAGGAAUAAUGGCUCAUCUGGGUUGUUUCUACCGCAGUGUUUUCCGGAAUGGGGAUUUGCUGAGCCCUCCUUUCCCCCUGCUGCUCCCCAAGAGCACUCCACUGCAGUGGGACAUGCUCCUGGCCACACUGACAGAGAAAGCCGACCUGAGCAGCGGAGCUGUUAACAAGCUCUGCAAGCUGGAUGGAACUCAGGUGUCUGGUGGGGAGGAGCUGGUGAAUGGUGAUUACUACGUGGCAGUGGGCAAUGAAGAGUACAAAAAACUGCCUUACUUUGAGCUGCUGGUGCCCCAGGAUUCUGGGUGCAAGACGCUGUGGAACUACCCAAAUACCAAGCACAAAAAAUACCACAGAAGGCUGCACAGUCGCAGGCUGCAGACCAGAGGAGUUGCAGAGAAAGACAAGAUCCGAGUUGUUUUUCCACAACUGCAAAGGCAAGCCAGGAAAUCUCACCUCAAAGAGGAAGAGUCCAUUUUCCAUGUUAAACCUGUCCGUGCAGGACAAAACAGGAGGAGCAACAGGAAUGUGCAGCACUGGCCUGAUCAAGAAGAAAGCAUCUAUAAAACCAGAGAUCCUAGGAGGGAGCUGCGAGGUGCCCAGGACUUAAAAGAGGAUGAACACACAAAGGUGGAUGUACCCAUUGAUCAGCUUUACAAAGCACUGCGCUUCUCUUCUACAGUGUGUAAAGAUGAAAGUAACCACCAGAGGGAACUUGAGAAACCAGAGGACAGUGUGUAA